AUGGCUUGGUGGCGAAACGUCUCGAAGGGAUGUAAGCAAGUGAAGAGGUGGAGAUUUAAAUCUGCAUCAUUUAUUUUUAUUUUCGAGUCGGGAUGUUCGGACAAACUACUCAGUUAUGAGUAUCAAUGCCUUCCAAUUUCAUGCCUGGAAGUCUGUGGGAAGAAUCUUUUAAUUGGAACUGAUGACUGCAAGAUACACCACUAUUUGUUGAACGAAGAGAAGGAUGGCCAACAGAAAGUGCAAAUCAUCUGCACAAAACUGGGCUACAAAAGUUUCGAUUUGAAGAAACCAAUAGCUGGAAUACGAGCUAGUACAGCACUGAAAAGGAUCAUUGUACUGUGUGAUGGUACGCUCUUCCUUCUUAAUAUGCUCAAUUUGCAGGCUGCCAUUAAUUCAAUAACAGCCUGUCCAAUCAAAUUUGAAGAUCAAAAUGGUAAGUGCAUUCACCGUGAACAUGAACCCCACAAGCUGUGCAUUGGAUCAAAACGUAAGUCCGUUCAAGUUUACAAUAUGACGGAGGAGAAUAUGACGCUAAAGAUGGAUGGAUCUAUAGUGUGUGUAGCACUGAGUGGUGAAUAUUUGAUGGUGGAUGUUGCGAACGCUCAGGUGCAAGACCUCUUUACCUUUCCCCAGGUGCACGUCACACCCAUCGUUACACACGUUUCUCAGAUGACCACGGACAUAGAACUACAGGCUGGUUUCAUGGAGUUUAAAAAGAUGAACUUCUCAGAAGCCCGCAAACUUUUCCAAACUGCCCACCUCGCCCCCAUACAGUUGAUAGCCUUGUAUUCCAAACUACUACCUCAAAGUUCGACGGCUGCGGCAUCUACAGCGGCCACAACGGCGACAGAAACGACAUCUCAGACAUUCAGCACAACAGCGACCGCAACAUCAUCAUCAUCAUCAUCAAAAACAUCAUCAUCAUCAGUACUCAGCCUAGCAUCACCAACGUUUUCACCUUCACCAGACAUUUCUGAUGUAUACGCUUUGUGUGCCGGCGACGUUCAUCGGAUUGAGAAGUACGAAAGGUUUUUGUUGGAUUAUUUGAAGGAGGUAGUUGAUUUUGACAGCAGCAGCGGCAAGGACGACAACGACGUGGCUACUGACGGCGACUCAUUUCAACAGCUGCAACAUCGUCCACGGCAUCAGCAGCAUCAGAUGUUUACUGCCGGUACCAAUGCAUAUGUUAGAUGCUGUGAUUAUUUAAUGUCUUUGUCUGCUGGGGUCGAUGGUGUUUUCAUCAACACGGCUCUCGUCAAAUUAGUAUGCAAGUACGACCCCACCCAACUGCUGUCAAUCAUAAACAAGUCACGUGAUCAGUAUGACGUCACGGACUGCGUGAAGUACAUUAGGCAGAGUGGCAGGCACCAUUACGCCGCAUGUGCCCUCGUGAAGUACCACGAGUCUACUGCAACGAGUUCUGCAACGAGUACCGCAACGAGUACCGCAACGAAUAAUGUUGGCAACUUUAAAAGUGAUGGGGAUGAGGAGGAAGAUGGUGACGUUGGUGUCUGCGGUGGUUACGAGGAGCAGGCGGCUGGCAUCUGGAAGAAGUUGUGUGCGGGGGAGUUGAUGGAUGAGGCCUUCCCCGGCUUCAUCUACUUCGUCAACGUCCUCUCCAAGUCUAGCAAUAUGAAGUUGCUGUGGCGACAUGCCGGUUGGUGCCUGCAGAGGGAUCAAGGGGCUGCAGUCAAGAAUGAGUACCUACUGAAUGCCUCAAAUGCGUUAGGAGUGUUUGCCUUGAGUGAUGGCAUCUCCCUGAGGCCCCCUCUGCAGUGGAGCAUGUCGGUGGUGGGGGUCGUUUACAUGCACCCCUACAUCCUCGCCCUCAAUGAUGAAUUUGUUACUGUUCACUCAAGACCAGCUUCAAGGAAGAUAGUUCAAGGUGGAAUGAGUGAACUCUCAAAGAAGCAAGUCCACCAAGUCGUCAGCAGUAGCAGAUAUGAUAGGGACAAUCAUGAUGACGUCAGCAUGGAUAACCAUGGAGAUGAUGAUGAGGAUGGUGAUGGAGGUGAGGUGAUGAAAUAUGAUGAGGUGAUAAGUUUCUUGAAGAGGAAUGGCUACAACGAUGCGUUGCUUCUCUACCUGGAAGAGCUGGUGUCUGCCAGGAACAUCAAAGAAAGUCUCAACACACAGCUGGUUUUGUUCUAUCUAGAUAUUGUCAUAAAAGAACGACAACAGCAACUACAACAACAAUUGCCCCAACAAAAUCAGCAACAACAACAACACAACAUUACUCAGUUGAACGAUGUUUCUCCGAUAAGAAGAAAACUUCGAGACCUACUGCAGACUUCGACGACAUUCAACAUUCCUCAGACCUUGGCCAGGGUUAAAGAGGCAGAGCUCCACCAUGAAGAGGCUAUCUUGUAUGGAAAGAAGCCAAUUAUGGGCUUUUGUGGUCCUAAAAAUCACAAAAAUAAAACAAUUCCAAAAGAUAAUGGUAGCCAUUUCCAAAACUUCACACCAAAGUUUAAUACAAAAUUAGAAUGCAAGACAAUGGAGCAACAUAGCAAGGCACUGGACAUCCUGACGAGAAGGCUCAACGACUACGAAGCGGCUGAGAUGUACUGUGUGGCCAACUCCGAGAACAAGUCACCCGGCUUCAAAUGCAACCUCUUCCACGCUCUUCUCGAUAUCUUCCUUCAAGAUAAGGAUAUUUCAGAAAACGAGAGGAUGACGAGGGUUGUUGAUCUGCUGAAUGGUCAUCGCGGGGCAUUCGAUAUCGUCAAGGUUAUGGAUGCCCUCCCGAAACACUGGCCCUUUCAAAAAUUCAGCGACUUCUUCAUUCCAGCCAUUGCCAAGACCAAAUCCGACUGCAACCAGUCCCUCGUCGUCAUGAACCUGGCCAAAGGUGAGAACAUGCUCGUCCGCAAGCAGAGGAUCCAACUCUGCCGAAAGUUCGUCCUAAUGAGCGACGAUACGUUAUGUGCGGUGUGCAACAAACCCUUCAAAGAGCCCAUAUUCGUCUGCCAUCCAACAGACAACACCAUCACCCACAAGUACUGCCAGUAUAACUUGUCACCAUUAUCUUCGUCAUCACCACUACCACAGCCAUCAUCAUCUUAUCGCCGGUGA